GCCUCCGGCUCCUCCUCCUCCGACAGAUGUCAGCAAGGCCGAGGAAACAGAAGAGGAGGGGGAUGAGCCGAUGCCCGUCGCGGAGCACAGGUUCCUGGACAUCGAGCCGCCUGUGGAUGCAGCAGCCUCCGGAAUGGCGGCCUUGAGGAAGCUCUUUGAGGAGGCUGCGGCCCUGUCUGACUGGCAGCCUCGGGCAUCCGAAGAGCAGGCGACGAAGGCGAAGAUCGUGGAGGAAGUCGCGCAGCUCAUGAGCCAACUGGAGAGUGCGGUGCUGGAUGUGCUCCUGGAAGACAGCUCAGAGGCCCGUAUCAGAUUCCGGAGCUCUUGA